AUGAGGAAGAUGAACCAGGUUAGUGCCCCUGGCCAUGACAACCCGGCCAUGGAAAUGAAGAUGACUGAUGGAAUGGUCAACCAGGAUUGGUUAUUUGAGUAUGCUAUGAUGCAGUUCUAUGUACCGCAGUUCUAUGUACCGCAGUGUGAUGUACCACAGUGUGAUGUACUGCAGUGUGAUGUACCAAGGGAGUUCUUUGAGAGCAUGUACAAAGGCCUGGUCUGGGAUGAGGACGUCAUAGAUGGAGGAGAUAGAAGCUUCAACCGCAAUAAAAGUCUGCUGAACCAUUUCAGAGAUCUGGGUUCCAGCAAUCAGGACACUGACGAGGUGGACCUUCAGUACUUGAAUGAUGUGAUCGUAGAUGGAGCCGACCCCAACCCAACAGACAGGUUCGGACAAACUGUCUUGCUGAAUGUGUGUUCAACAGGGCUCUUCCAGCUGGUUGUAGAUCUCGACGUUGUGGAGUGUGGGGCUGAUGUCCUGCGUCCUGACUCCUACGGGGUCACGCCCCUGCAUAUUGCUGCAUCUCUUGACUAUGUGGAGAUGAUCCACUUCCCGCUGGAGAGGAAAGGUCAGAGGUCAAACACCAACAAGGACCAUCAGAUGCCUCUCCAUUACGCAGCUAAGUGGGGGGCGCUCAGGGUGCUGCUGCAGAAUGAGGCAGACAUCUCCGCACAAGAAUACAAAAAGAGAACCCCUCUACAAUUGGCUGCCAACCUAGACCGGACUGAGGCCGCACGGACGCUAAUGGUCCCGGGAUCAGAUGCUGGGGUGAUGGACUCUGAUGGUCAUCUCUGCAUCACUGCCAUGAUUGACAAGAUGACCUCAGUGGCUCAUUUGGUGAUGAACCAGUUCCAUGUGACUGAACGGAUGACCAGGCAGCAGUUCUACUCCCUCCACCUGCUGGAGCCAGAGCCACCCUGCAAGCAGAAUCCUGCGAGAGAGUGGCCAUUGCCGUCCAUAGUGCACCAGAGAAAGCUGGAUCUCAUCAUGCACCCUGUGGUUCUAAAGCUCAUCACUGUCAAGUGGAAACUAUAUGGCAGAUUGGGGGCUUGGAUACUCCUACUCCUCAACUUCCUGUUUAUCGUCUCCUGGGCGACCGUGGCCAUCUCAGACAAGGAGCUGUAUGUUUUCCCUGAGAGCACCAAUCUGGUGGUGGAGAUGAAUGAGUCUUUACUGCCAAACUUCACCAUUCGAGACCGUCAGGCGACAAUGCCCAGUAUGACUGUGCCACAGCUGCUCUAUAGCCUGUACCGCAUCACUCUGGUGGAUGAGCACGAGUUUAAUUCCAUGGUGGAAGUGGACUCUAUCGUGGCCCACUUCCUCUGUGGCACCUUCCUGGCUCUGUCCUCCAUUGUAAUGGUUUUCUUGGUGUAUGACAAUGCACUGGCCAAUGCAGUGACGCAGCAAGCAGCCGUUAUCCUGCAGGUGGAGGAAUCCAUGCACCGUCUCUGCCGUUUCUAUGACGACCACCACAUCCACCGCUUCUAUGCAUCCGCUUGGGGAGCUUCACAAUGA